AUGGUUGAUAUGACUAUAAUGGGAAGAAAGAUCCAGGCAAUGAUCGAUAGCGGAGCACAAGGAAAUUUUAUCUCGCCGAAUCUCGUCAACAGAUUACGAUUGCCUUGGACACCCAAAGACGAGCCCUACCGACUCACGACUGUGGAAGGAACUACGGUAAAGUAUAGCCACGGAGUAGUCGACAUGGAGAUCGCGCAGCUUCUUGUCGACAUACAAGGCACGAAACACCGAGUUACACUAGAUAUCACAGUGAUCUCAAAACACGAUGUUAUAUUAGGGAUACCCUGGUUGCGAGCGAGCAAUCCACGAGUCAAUUGGAGAACCGGCCAACUUCAAUGGGAUUUACCAGGAUGCGGUUACGAAGCAGAGAGCGGCCUACGAAGGGCACCUCAUUCGAACUACGACAGGCCUCUAGGAAUAUAUGUGAUCGCCAGAGAGCCAAAAGCUGAGACAACGGAGAUUCCCGAGGAAUACUCAAAGUACAGCAAGCUGUUCAGCGGAGAGCUAGAAACAGGACUACCGGAGCAUUCACGCUGGGACCACGAGAUCAGACUCCAGCCCGGUACUGAACCAACGUUCAACAAAAUUUAUCCUCAGAACCCUGAGCAAGACAAGGCGCUCAAGGAGUAUCUGGAGGACAUGUUACAGAAGGGAUACAUAAGACCAUCAGAGUCCCCAGCAGGAUACCCAAUCCUGUGGGUACCAAAGAAGAACGGGAAACUACGACCAUGCAUCGAUUACCGACUCUUGAAUAAGAUCACAAUCAAGAAUCGAUACCCGUUACCGCUUAUGACGGAAAUCAGAGACAAAGUUGGAAAAGCCAAAUGGUUCACCACACUAGACUUAAAAGGAGCCUAUAACCUUAUACGGAUGAAAGAAGGCCACGAGUGGAUGACAGCAUUCCGAACCAGCAGAGGACACUACGAAUAUCUAGUGAUGCCUUUCGGGCUUACCAACGCACCAGCAACCUUUCAAAGAAUGAUCGAUACGAUCUUACGGAAACAACUAGGAGUGUUUGUGGUUGUAUACCUCGACGAUAUCCUCAUCUACUCAGAUACCCUUGAGGAACACAAACGACAUGUACAUGAGGUACUACAAACUCUACAGGACAAUAAACUCUUAGUCGAAGCCUCGAAAUGCCAGUUCCACCAGAACACUGUGCACUUUCUAGGGUACGUGCUCACACACGGAGAAAUACGAAUGAGCCCGGAUAAGAUCAAAACCAUCAAGGAAUGGCCUACACCAAAGAAUCUAAAAGAAGUCAGAGGAUUCACAGCAUUCGUGAACUUCUACCGCAAGUUCUUGAGCGGAUAUGGAGACAUUUCACGACCUCUCACAAACCUAACAAAGAAAGAAGUCGGCUUCCAAUGGAACGAACCAGAAGCCACGGCAUUCCAGAAAAUGAAAGAUUUAGUUACGUCAGAACCUGUGUUGAAAGCACCUGAUCAGGACAAACCUUAUGAGCUUGAAACGGACGCCUCAGACUUUGCACUAGGCGGACAGCUUGGACAACGAGAUGAUCAAGGAAGAUUGCACCCAGUUGCAUUCUUCUCGAAGAAACUCCACGGACCCGAACUCAAUUAUGGGAUCCACGACAAAGAACUCAUGGCUAUCAUUGAGUGCUUCAAAGAAUGGAGACACUAUCUCAUAGGAGCAAAGCAUCAAAUCAAGGUCUAUACUGACCACAAGAAUCUCACAUCGUUCUUGACCACAAAGGAUCUGAACAAACGACAGAUCAGAUGGUAUGAAACCCUCACGGAUUAUGACUUCGAGAUCAUAUACCGUAAAGGAUCCGAAAACGGAAGAGCAGACGCGCUCAGCCGAAGAGAGGACUUGAAAUCGGAUGAGCAAGUGAGUAAUGCACCCUUGCUACGCGCCACCAAGGAUGGGAACCUUGUGCUAGGCACCCGAGAAAUCAACAUGACCUGGCAAGUCAAGCCAGAUGAAACAUGGAUGCAUCGGAUCGCAUCAUGCAUUAAUAAUGACAGCUAUCUGGACAAUUGGGAAACGAAAACGCAUCUGUCCAAGGAAGGCAAGACCUUCUUGUACAAUGAACGGCAGUAUGUUCCCAGUACACUUCAAGAACAGCUUGUCAAGGAAAUACACGAGCACCCACUACACGGACAUCAGGGUGUAGGGAAAACGAUCAGCAGGCUAAGAAGAUCGUACGACUUCCCAGAAAGCAGAAAAAUGGUACAAGAAGUCAUCAAGAAAUGCGACACGUGCAACAAAGCAAAAUCAGCGCGACACGCACCAUACGGAGAAUUACAACCGAUAUCGCCACCUGAAAGAGCAUGGCAAACUGUUACAAUGGACUUCAUCGUCAAACUACCGAAGUCAAAAGAACCCAUGACAGGAGUAGCUUACGACAGCAUCCUAGUUAUUGUGGACAAACUCACAAAAUACGCCUACUAUAUUCCAUACAAGGAAUCGAGCAACACCAAGGACUUGGCGUAUAUGUUCUUCAAAACAGUUAUCGCACAGCACGGAUUACCGACAAAGCUUAUAUCGGAUCGCGACAAAUUGUUCACCUCAAACUUUUGGAAAUGCCUCAUGGAAACCAUGAAGAUCAAACAAAGCUUAUCAACGGCAUUCCACCCACAAUCAGAUGGACAAACAGAGUAG